ACCAUGGAGCUGUGGAAGUGAGAGAAGCUAUAAAGAAGGCAUUGUUCGCUGCUUCCUGAAUCAUUAUCCAGCCUCCAAAACACUACUUCUACAGUCAAAUCCACGUCUUUCAACAUCUCAAAUUAUCACCACCGACCUUUCCGGCAACCUCCUUCACAAACAACAAUGGCCUGCUGCGGACGAAACAACGGCGAGUGCGUGUGCGCCAAGGAAGCAACCUGCUCUUGCGGAAAGCAGCCUGCUCUUCAGUGCAACUGCGCCAAGGCUGCCAACGAGAACAAGAUGCCUACCAGCACUUGCGCAUGCGGCAAGAGGGCCGAAGAUGCGUGCACUUGCGGUCGCAGCGACAACAACGGCACCUCCAACCUGGAGACUGACUUCACCACCAAGAAAUAAGCAUGAUGCUUCGAUGAUCUGGCAUCAGAAUGAGCGUUAUUUGAGUUGGUGUGGAAUAGCACGCACAAAACGGUUCGCUAUUCAAGGAUUGGCGUGAAGGUGGUUUUGGACGGCAUCACGGCGUUGAAGGGUCAUUCAUGAUUUACAAACUGUAAAAAAGCAGUCUAUACCUGUUAAUCAAUCAAUCAAAUCAUUUCCAAAG